AUGAGACGUAGCCUAGAAAGCUCCGAAGAUAGGACUGCUACAUUGCAAGCAGAAGCUGCACGUCGACGUCAGCGGCGCGUGAAAUCAGGCGAGCACACUGGAAUAGCGUUACGUUCACGAAUGAGUGAGAUUCACUACCUGGGAGAGCUGAAUAGGACAUUCCGAAUAGUAGCGGAGCAAGCGCUCGUCAUUCUGGAAAAAAAAACCCAGCGAUUAGGGUCCCUACACUAA